CACACCCCUCCUCUCGCCUGAUCUUCAUGACCUCGGAACCUCCUGUUCUCUCUUUCUUGGAACGAUUCAAUCGGUCCUAUCAUGCCUGGAAUCAACGUCCUGACGGGUUCUACGAACGCAAACUUGGCCUUCUCGAAGGAGGCUUUGACGCCAAUGCACGCAUGAAAGGCGUCUCCGACGUCUUCACUCUCGCUAAAUUCACCGUCCCCUCGUCUUCCACCUCCACGGUCCUAUCCGAAACAAAUCUUCUCCGCACAUGGACCGAACUACGCAUUCUUCACCCUCUCCUUGACAGCGUCACAGCUACCUCAGCACCAGAUAUGAGUACAGCUGGAUUGCCGGCCAAUAUCCCACCAAGUAUGAUGCCCGUCCCCGAAGACCUCCACUUCGUCUACCCCGGUCCGAGACACGCUGCUGAACGUGCACGGAAAACCUUCCAUCGCAUUCCCGGUACCAUCCAAAAUAAUGUGGAAGAUUGGGUCGAGACACGACUAUUGAACGGGCGGCGGAAGUGGCUACAACAAGAGACAUGCUUGUCGAGGGUAUUCCUACUACAACUCGGGGAGGGGGAGUGGGCGGUGUGCUUUCAUAUGGCGCAUUGCGUUUCGGAUGGAGUCUCCGCAACUCAUCUCCUCGCUGACUUUUUUCGACUACUUGCCUCCCCUCAAUCAACUACCGCGAUUGAGUCCGAACACCCACCUUCUCGUCGCUUGACGCCAGCACUGGAAGACUCCUACCCCCCACUUCCACCAAGCUGCAACAAUUGGGGCCCCGGUCGCCGCCGCUUCUGGUGGGCAGCUCAGAAAGUCAUGUACGAUCUCCGCACGCGCCGUGAACGCUCUACACGCUCCAUCCCACUCCCAACACGCCGUCUUCUUCCUCCUGUGGCAGUACAGCCGAUUUCGAGGUGGCCUGUCUUGGUUGUCGGUCAGGACAAUGUAAGGAGAUUGGUGAAGGUUGCGAGGGAGGGUGGGGUCAGCAUGGGAAAUUUGAUAUAUGCGAUUGUUGGGACGACUAUCAGUAAUUACGUGGGAGAGGAGGCAGCGCGGAAGGCGGAUGCGUGUCAGAUUGGGUUUCCAUUCAAUAUAAGGCCCUUUCUCGGCGGGGAGAGAAGCGAAAAUCCGGAGUCGAGUAUUAUGUUGUCGUUUGCGAGUAUCGUUGUUCCUGCCAUCCCACUCAAGAAGGGGACGAAGGGGAGGGAGGUGAAGGAGGUGGUGCUGGCACGAGCGAAGUUAGUUGGGAAGCAAUUCCGGGAUCACUUCAAGAGCCAGGAGCGGUUGGUCUUGAACAGCUAUCUACGGUCUGGGGAGCGGUUACGGGCUGCGAGAGGACUACCUCCGGCUGAGAAAGGGAAGGUGAAGGAGGGUGGGGAGGAACAGGGGGAGUUCUCGUCGAUGCCGCUGGGACAGAGUAUGAAUUGCUCUGUAGUGGGAAAUUUGGAUCAUGUCCUUCCUUCCACAUAUCCUGUCCAAUCCUCCACCUCCUCCUCCCCGCUGGUCUUGGAGAUCACCGCGCUCCGCAUGGGCGUCCGCGUCCGUUCCGCCGAAAUUCUAGGUGAGAUCUGGAGGUUCAGGGGUGAGCUGACUGUUGCUGUUGGGUUUGAUGAGAGUGUUUAUGAGAGGACGAUGAUUGAGGGGUUCUUGGCUGAGUUUGACAGGGUUUUGGGGAGUGUGGUGGGAGAGCAAAGCGGGGAGGAUGUGAGGGUUAGGGCGCGGUUGUGAGAAAGUCGUGGACUAUCUGAAGGUGGUUUCUUGAUCUAUACCUGGGUUACCUGUUGAAUGAAUGAGAAUAAAGGGGAGGAACACGGCAUGUCAUGACAAAAUAUGAAUGAUGAUGAAGCUGAUACUGAUCAUCUGGCACGGGAAGGAAGAAUUGUGUCACACCUUGGAAUGAAACGGAAAAACUAUGGCAAUGCUUUCAAGAAGUAUACUCCACGAACGCAGACUCCUCC